UUCGAAACGUGGAGGGCCUUAACUUUAGGCGCCAUUAGUUUUGGUACCGGUGGCAUGGCCCCCAAAGGCGUUGUGGUCCCUGAUCUAAACAUCCGAUCCAAUCAUUUCAAGAGAUUCCCUUUCCGCAAACCCACUUACAUAAGGUUGAACAGGUUCUUUCUGAAGCCAUAUGGGUCUCAGGAGGGUACGUACUCCGUACAAUAUGGAGCAUUAUUAAACAGCCUCUGAAGAAACCAUUCGAUUCUCUUGGGAAUCCAAAUAACCUACUCCGACUUUGCGAUCUUCCGUUUUUCUGCCUGGUCCUUUUUGGCAGCUCAAUCGAAAAGUCUCGCCCCGUUGAGAUUCUAUUCACGCGUUUUCAACUAUUCCCCUCGCCUCACAGACUCACGUUCGAGUAGGGUCGUACAACUCGACCACUUACAAAAUGGACGGCCUACAGGUGGACGACUCGUCGCGCGAGAAAAUAUCCGCUUCAACCGAUUCCCACAAGAUGAUUUUGCCUCAGAGCUAUCCUUCAGAAUCAUCAACCAGUCAAAACCCUCAGUACCCUCCAUAUCCUCAGCACAUGCAGACAUCGCCACUAUACGAAAACCCCGAACCUGUACGGACACCAGAAAAGCCGCAAAUGCCCUGGGGCCUCAGCUUACGAGGUUACACGUUUCUCAUAAUCGGUAUAACGGCGGUGGUCAUGGCAGCUGCGUUGGGUGGAGGAUUGGGAGGAGCCAUUGCCGCGGUCGCUAAUCAUAACUCUUCUCCGACCGCAACAGUAACGGCAACAGUGACAGCAGGCGCUGCCAGCACAGCAACAGGCACCGCGUCCUCGACAGUCUCACCGACCGCCGCCGUCAAGAACUACUCUCCCCUUUUGCCCACCCAGGUCAACACAACUGCGUUGGAUUGUGAUGACCAAGCCACCGUCACCGCCCAGAAUGGCGACUCAUACACCAUGAACUGUAACACCAACUAUGCCGGCAACGAUAUCAUCAGCUUCAUUUCGUACACGCUCGACACAUGCAUCAACGCGUGCUCCAAGAUGAACACAAUCGCAGGAGACACCAAAUGUCACGGCGUCUUGUUCAAUUCCAACAUGAAUACCAUUUACAACGAGGCUCAGGGCAAUUGUUGGCUGAAGUCGUUAAUGGCCGGCGCGACAACGGACGGGCUGCCUCCUUCGGUAGGGGCUAUACUGGUGACAUCUUAAUAUCGAUCUUACUCGAAACCUUAAUUGGGCGCUCUUUUCAAAAGGUGAAGGUUAUACCAUCUGGCGCAUUUUAUACGCGGGGGGGAGGCAUCAGCAUUGGGUUGGUUUUGAUUUCAUGCAUGUGAUGAUGAAUCUUCUUGCCAGUCAAUAGGAUCAACAGAGAACAG